GAGACAGCGGUCGGGCCACGGCGGAAUCCUCAGACGCGCGGCGGGCCACCUGCAUGACGUCGCCGCUGUGCGCCGCGCGAGCUCAUUCGCACGCGACUUCCGCAUCGUGCUCUCGGAGCUGGGUAGGGUGGCGUCCGUGUCGUCCAAGCCUAAUCCCAGUCCUAUCCGGCUAGUUAGCCUCCGUCCUCGCGCCGGCGGUGCUUUGGGACAGGCGAUCUGCGAGCUUAGGAGCCCUGGGCUUGCAACUGGAGGCAACGGGACGGCGACGACCCCCGCUGGUGGCAGCGGCACCUCUACCGCCAGUGCGACUGCUUCGGCUGCUUUGCCCUCAUCGUCUUCGAGGUGGUCUCUGGCUCAGUCUUAUUCGGGCAGUAGCUUUUUCGAUGGGUGGGGUUUCUUCUCAGGCGAUGACUCUGGAUCCACGCACGGCAUCGUUCAAUAUGUUACUGAAGCAGCUGCAUUAUCGAACAACCUUUCGUCAAUCAAUAGCGCUGGAAACGCUAUCAUGCGAGUAGAAACGACUCCACAAGUGACAGGAAACCGCAUGUCUAUACGCAUACAAUCACAAUUCUCUUUCAAUAGUGGACUGGUUAUAUUGGACUCCGUCCAUAUGCCCACUGGAUGUGGUACUUGGCCAGCAUUUUGGACAAAUGGACCUACGUGGCCCGUCACCGGCGAAAUCGACAUCGUGGAAGGCGUGAACGAUUACACGAACAAUCAAGCGACGAUCCACACUGAUAAUGGCUGUACCCUUCCGACGUCAAACAGCAGCGCCCUCGGCAUCACAGGCAGUAUAGUUGGCGGGACCAAUUGCGCCGCGUUGGAGACGAACAACGAGGGCUGCGGGUUUCUUGCCUCGCAGAGUAACUCGUUCGGCGCUGCCUUCAACUCCAACGGGGGUGGAGUUCAUGCUAUGCAGUGGGAUGACGACGGCAUCUCCGUAUACUUCUUCCCGAGGAAUGCAAUACCGUCAGAUAUCUCAGGCGGAAAUCCCGUGCCAGAGAAUUGGGGAUUGCCGAUGGCCAAAUGGCCCGCAAGUACGUGCAAUCCAUCACAGUUCUUCCAAGACCAAGCUGUCGUGUUCGACACCACGCUCUGCGGUGAUUUGGGCAAUGCUGUGUGGGCUACGGCGGGUUCCCCGGGGCAGGCGCAAAGUUGCGCGCAACGCACUGGCGUGUCUACGUGUGAGGACUUCGUAAGGGCCAACGGGGCGGCAUUGGAGCAAGCCUAUUGGGAGGUCAAGAGCGUAGAUAUAUACCAGGCAAAGGCUUGAGCGCAGCAUAGUCUGCUCAUCGUUCUACGCGGAUUGUCGUGUGAUAAUCGUAUGCGUACCCGAGUUCUGCACGACAAUGACUUCCGUCUGUGCCAAUUGUUUACACACUGAACACCGAGCCGUGGGCAAGGCAUACGAUCUAGACAUCGCCUCAUUAUUUCAUUCUAGAUGAAUGUUAACCGUGAUCAGAAAUCAACCUACACAGGAUCUUGUUCACUACAGCACUUGCGUUCACUGUAUUUACUAUCCACGGACUCAAACACCCAUAUCCUGAUACGUAUUAUAUUCCCAUGGACCGAGCCGAGCCGAGCCAUAGUUAGAAUCGUCCGUCUGUCGACUACUCACUUUCUUGGCCUUUCAGAUACACUAUACAAAAUGCGAGCCUCGUGUUCUUCUGCGUGACUUGCAGAUGGUGAGUGGUAAUUUACAGACUGAGCAUAUUCUUAAACGGCAGAUACCAAUAAUACAGCUCCUUGUCAACUCUGACUGGUCAUAUCACCAUCGCCUCCCCGUUUUCCUGCUUUCUCCGCGUCUCGACGUAUACGAAUGUGGUGAGAAUCUCAUCGACGAUAGCUUCGCCUUGCGGAUAGAUCUCGAGAGAUGCCUUGUGGCUCUUCCCAACGACGCCAUAUGAGCGUUGAUGGAAACGGGCAACUGCAAUCUUCCUUUCAUCAUUGAGCGUCAAGGAAGAGGUAUUAUUUCCCAACCUCCACUUAUAUGAACGGCCGUCCGAGGCAGUGAAGGUUCUAUGCCUGCGUUUCCAUCCAAGAGAACCCAUUCGGGGGAGGUAUGUCCCCGCCAAGACGGUGCGUUCGCCAAAUUUGAACGAGGUCCCCGAGAACGUACGCCAGAGAAUCUGCGCAACUCCCUCCUCCUCCAAUCGCAUAAGAUGAAUGUCCGUUUCUGAUUCGGUGUCACUGCGAGCGGGGGUCAUGGAUUCAUCGUGCGAACUACUGGAGUUGGACACAAAGCGCGUGAUCGUGCUGGUCAUGCCCACCGAUUUGGGCGGUGUUUCCACCCGAUAGAUGGGCCUCCCAUCUUGGUCCCGGUAGACACUAUUCGUGGGCGAUUCUCGAGUGAGUGUGAGUUGCAUGGGAAAGGAAGAG